AUGCCUCGAAUUAUGUCAGAGCGGCCUCAAGGUAACCUUCUCGCUCUCAUUGGAGCAGGCCACGUCGUCUCCAUCUGGCAUGAUGUCAUCCUCUUCUCCCCUACUUCCACUCCCGCUAGUCCCCGUUCGUCCCGCGACAAGCUUCCCGCGCCGCUCAACUUCAUCUGCACGUCCGGCAAGUCCUCGUCGUUCGCCGCGUCGCUCUCGGGUCGUCGUCGUCGCCUGUCGCUCGACGGCAGCGUGCGCGUCGACGACGCGGAGCAGCGCCCGUGGAACGUCGGUAUAAUUCCGCAGACCUGCGUCCUCGCGCCCGCUCCCUCCGAACCGACCCAAACCGCACUCUCUCCCAACAAACCCGUUGCUACAAUUCGGCGCGAUUUUUUCCGCUCGCUUUCCGUGCCCUCAGUCCCCUUCGACGAUCCUCUGGGCGACACCUUCAGCGACACCUCCGACGACCCCUUCGCCGAGCCCGGCGCCGCGUUUCCCGUAAUUUUGGACAACGCGCCGUUGGAGGCGGUGGAGGUGGGCGCGAGGGAGCGCGACCCCGGCGACGUGUUCCCCGUGCUGCCGCUCCUCGCGCUGCCCGUGCGCCUGCGCCCGGGCCUGGGGUCGGAAGUUUCAUGGAAGCUGGUCGUGGUGGCGGCGGACGAUCCGCUAGUUGAGGCGGGGGAGACGGCGGCCGUCGCGGCGACGGCGCUGCCGCAAGUGAAGGCGUGGGCCGACGCGGGAGGGUUCACUACAGUCGGGCCGAACCCAUGGCGGAUUCUCGAGUCCCCGCAGCGCGACGUCGCGGACAACUGGGAAAAAUCUGCUCAGAAGGCGGAGCACGUGGUGCGCGAGGCGCACAGCGCGUGGCGGUUGCUCGUCGCGACGCUGCGCCGCCCCUCGCUGCAGCGGCGGCAGCGCGUCUGCGAGCACGCCGUGGAGGGAUGGGAGGAAGGCCACGGGCUGAGCGACAGCAGCCUUCUUCAGCUCGUCGCGCGACCCGGCGCCAGCAGCAGGGGUUUCGGCGGAGACGCUAAUUUCGAGAGCUGCUGGCGAGGCGGCGGGUGUUGCGGGACCGAACAGUCGUCGGGGGGGAAGGCGACAAGUCUGAGAGGCGCUAUGUCCGCCGCCGCCAAGGCGGCAACAACGUCCGUCGUGGCGCCUCGUGGGGUCUCGCGACGCAAGGAGGCAAAGGCGGCACGCGGAGGAGUAGACGAUGCAGAGCAACGCGAUGCUGCAGCGGACAUUCUAAACGAUGGUGGCGACUCUACGGAAGGCGACGCUGCAGCCAAGGACGACUAUUGCGUCCGAGAAAGGCUCAUGGGAAACGGCGAGGAGGACGGAAGGGAGUGCAAGACGGCGAGGCAGUUUGAGCGAGCAGGGAGUGACGGCAGCAGCGAUAGUGGCAGCCUGGGGAGGCACAGGGCCGUGCUGUCGCACAAUCCGCCAAAAGCGUUGCCGGGCAUGAAGCUCCCCUGGGCCGGCCUGGAUGCCAUCUUCCACAGCGGGCCCUUCAUGCGCAGCAGGUCGGUGCGGGACGGAGACGACGAGCACCACAUGAUGAGAACCCGCACCCAUGGCUCGCAUGGCCGCGCUGCUGGAGGCGAUAGUCAUGGGUGUAGGGGUUCUCCUCCCUCUCUUGACAUGGGCGCUGCUGCUGCUGGCAGUGCGGUUAGGUGCUAUGGUGGGCUGAGAGGCCAUAUAUCAGACAGGCUGGCAGUGCAAGGGGAGGGAUGGGAGGAGGAUGUGAAAAGACGGUCCGAGGCUGGGCAUGGCAGCAGGUUGCUCUUCACACUGCCUAUGGUUCGGUCAAGGACCGAUCCUAGAAGCUUGGAAGCAGAGCAAGAAAGGUUUGGCCUGGACUUAAGCAGAAGUGGUCAUCAUCAAGAAUCGAGCAGGCGGGGGUUUGGUCCUGACCGACGGGGUGUGUCCCCGGGUGGCGGUGCUCAUGGUGCUGCCAGCCCAGACUCUCCUUCCGAGCAUGCGCCUGGGCUCACUCGCCGAUGGAGCAUCGCCUCGCGCAUCUCCUUCAAGCACCUCUGGGGCCACAGCGGCCGGGAUGUGUUUUCCUCCUCGCCACAUCGCGGUAACGCCAGCAACCGCCACUCUAAGCAUGGUGAGAGCGUUCACCAUGCACAUGGGUGGGGUGGCUUGGGCGCACAGCAGCAUGUGGCGGGUGAGCCGCCAGGGCAGCAGCAUGACCAUGCCAUGCACCCAUGCACUUCCCAUGCUUCCCACUCUUCCAGCCCCUCCAGAAUUGGCCGCAGUGUGUCGUACGAGGACCCAGCCGUCGGUGCCUCGUCAAUCUCCCUUUUCCUAUCGCAUUGCACUCAAAACUUUGGCCCAGUCCGCUGCGACUUCAAAAGUUAUCUGCACGGCCCGCGCAGUACAGCAGCACCUCACGCGCCGGGCGCUGGUGGCGCCCCUCGCGUCGCAGCGCGCGUGGCAGUGCCACACGGCGGCCAUCCCGCUGGCGGUAGCGUUCUCCGAGGUGAGCCCGUGAUUGACGGCUUUCGGCCAGGUGAGCCCGUGAUUGACGGCUCUCGGCCAGCCUCUGCCUUCCUGCGCCGCGCAUCCGUCGUCGCCCUUACCCCUCUCGUGCCGCGCGCACUCGCGCUUGUCACUCUCCACCUCGCCUCUCCUUCCCGACUGUCGCUGCUGAACCUUCGUCCCUCGUCGCGCCUUCCGCUCGGCGUCGUCUUCUUGUUCCCGCAGCAGCGCAAGGGCAGGCCUCAGCAGCAGCGGGUGCGAAUCCGCCCCGUGGUGGGGUGCUCCGUCACCGCUGUGCUCUUCUCCCUUGAUGCCCGCAUGCUCUUCACUGCUGGCGCCUCUGAUGGAGCCGUCAAGUUUUGGGACACGCGGGCUUUGAAAGAGCCGCUCACCACCUUGUGCCCCAGCACCGCCCCUCACUCGCCCACAGCCACGCCAGCCCCUGCCCAGGCAUCACCAGCCUCUCUCAACAUGCCUUUAAUCCCCUCCCCAUCACUCCCUCUCUCUUCACCCCCAUCCCACCCCCAUCUCGGCCCCUCCCCAUCCCUCCAUCCCCCUCAUACAGGCACCCAUGGCGCGUGCGAGGCAUCACCAGCCUCUCUCAAGAUGGCUUUAAUUCCCCUCCCCAUUAGUCCCCCUCGCUUCACCCCCAUCCCACUCCCAUUCCACCCCAUCCCACCCCUCCCAACCCCUUCCUCACCCCUCCAGCCGCCACACACGGGCACCCCAUGGCGGGUGAGGGGCAUCACGAGCCUCUCUCAGGACGCCUAUGGCGCGCGCCUCACUGCCUCGUGCACCAACGCCAGAGUGUACGUGGUGGACAUGACAGCAGCGCUGCCCUUUAAGGCGCCACGAAAGUCCUCUCAUCCCUCCCAUCGCUCAAGAAUCAUUUCACCAUCCCGCCCAUCCCUCAGAGUGUAUGUGGUGGACAUGACUGCACCGCUGCCCUUUGAGGCACCUCUUAAGUCCUCCCAUCUCUCCCAUGUUACACCACCGCCCCUCCCCCCCUUCCCAUCCCUCAGAGUGUAUAUGGUGGACAUGACUGCACCGCUGCCACGUGUCUCUCACGCCCUGCAGGGCGCUCAGAUCGACUCAUUCUUUGUGGAGGUGAGGGAACCCCGCCCCGCCGAGUACCAACCUCACAGUCAAGGCUUGAUUGCGUGCAUGCAAGGAGGUGUGGUUGUCUGCAGGUGUGAUUGA